AUGAAGGUCUUACUGCUGCUGGUCGUUGUCAUUGGUUGCGCUGUUGCGGAGAUGUGUAGAUCUGAUUCAGACUGUUCACAUGUCCAGUGUGAUUCCUCAACCCAACUCCACUGUGUCUUCAAUACGUGUACCUGUACAGAACCAUCCACACAUAAGUGCCAAACACAAAGAGACUGUGCCUACAUUAGAUGGGACUGCCCACGUGACCGCCGCCACUGUAUUGACGGAUUAUGCAAAUGCACUCGAAUUUAAUAAAAAUAAAAAAUAUA